AUGAACCCUGACGACUACGCCAACGUCGACCAAGUUCUAGAGCUCGUGAACGCAGAGAUGGCUGCCACCAAGAAGCCCAAGGUUCUCCUUUUCGAUGUUGCUUGGGAUCCCCCGGGCUGGGUAAAUUACUCCAUCUCCAAGACCUCCCCCAACGGUUCCUGGCACCGCCUUGAGAGGGGCCACAUAGCCAUGGAUGAGGCCUUCUUCGCCGGCUUCCAGGAGGAUCUGCAUGACCAGGGCAGAUGGGAAGCGUUCUACCAGGCACAGCAAGCCAAGGACCCCAAGCUGCCGAAAGAGGUUCCUCCUUUGCCAAGUGUCGAUUCUAACUGGCUAUUCCACGAAAUGAUGUCUAUUUCCAAGACUCCUGACCCGUGGAUGUUCCCCGCGCUGCAGGCCCUCAAGGCCAGCGGCGAGUACAUCAUCGGCGCCCUCAGCAACACCGUCAUCUUCCCACCCACCCACAAGGAUUACAGAACCUUCUCCCAGGAUCCCAUCCGGACCACCUUUGACUUUUUUAUCUCAUCAGCCCACGUGGGUCUGAGAAAGCCCAGUCGCGAGAUCUACGACCUCGCCCUCCGCACCGCCAACGAAUUUGCGAGCAAGCAACGCGGGAGCGAGCGGUCGAAGAAAUGGCGCUGGGAAGGAAAUAUUGAGGCUAGUGAUGUGCUUUUCUUCGACGACAUUGGCGAGAAUCUCAAGGCCGCGAGCCAGUUUGGCUUCAAUACCUUCAAGGUUAACCUUGGCAGGGCCUACGAGGCCGUUGAUCAACUCGAGUCCGUGACAGGACUGAAGCUUGCCGGAGCCCAUCCCAAGGUCCCCAUGCAAAUGAGGACAGGUCCUGUAAAAGCUAGGAUAUAA